AUGACGCGCGACGCCUCGAAACGCCUCGUCUCCGCGACUCAGAUGUCGCCCGUGACCGAGAGCCAGCUCGCGUCCGGCAGCGACGGCAUCGUCGACCACCAGCCGUCCGCGGCGAACAGGACGUUCGCCGCGGUCCGCUUCGAGCACAAGGAGUAUAAUGUGACGAACUACUUCGAGAAGUUCUGGAUCAUUCCGGGGAUAAUCCCGUUACGUUCUGUGUGGAAAUCAACCAGUGCGUCGCAUUGAUGGCGUGGAGGACGAGUCCUGGACGAUGCGACGAUUCAGCACUCGUGAACGUGCCGUAAAUUUUUAUUUCCACACAGGUUGUGUUGCACGCUCGAGCAGAAGCUGUUCCUCGAGCCGGAAGAGGCACAUCUGGUGACGACCACGUGCUGCUCGACGCAGACGCAGCGCCGGCCCUACGGCGAGCUCCAGGCCGUCGAGCACUUGAGAUGCCUCGGGUGCUGCCAUUGCUUCCAAUUCGCCGAGACGAAGGUCUCGCCCCAGUGCUUCUGCGCCGGCGACCUCGUGGCGGAGAUCGUCAAGGAGCUCAAAACGCGCAUGAAGGCGCGCGGCGACACGGGCCAGAUCAAGCGCGCGGAACAGCUCCUCGGCGAGAUCCAGAUCCUCAAGGCCCAAGCGCAGAGCACGGACGCCAAGCUCGACGCGAUCCUCAAGCACCUCAACAUCGACGCGCCGCCGCCGACGGCCGCGGCCACCGCCACGCAGCAACCUCUCGGGUCCGUCGCCGCGUCCGCGUAUUGA